AUGGGCUGGGGUUCCAACAACAUCGACGGAGGUGUGGUCAUUGACCUUGGCCUCAUCAAUAAUAUUGCCUACGAUGCCGCAACUGAGACAGUGGAUCUCGGACCGGGUGCCCGCUGGAGAGAGGUCUAUUCCGAGCUGCAGAAGUACGGCCGGGCGGUUGCAGGAGGCCGAGAUGGAGACGUCGGCGUUGGUGGACUGCUCUUGGGCGGCGGCAACACCUACUUCACGGCCCGUAAAGGGUUCGCAUGUGAUAAUGUGAUCUCAUAUGAGGUUAUUCUCGCUGAUGGACGCAUCACCACCGCCGACAAAUACAAACACGCCGAUCUCUUCCGCGUCCUCAAGGGUGCAGGGGGGGAAUAUAAAGGGGAUUGA